AUUUUGGAAUGGAGGGAGUAUUAUAUAUAAAUAAAUUUUGAAUACUCAGUCUGGCCAAAAGUUGAAAUGAAUUUCUUCCCGUAACUCGGGGGUACUGUAAAACAAAGAAAACGUACGACCCACUCCAUCAAUUACUGAAAUGAGUGAAAGAUGUGUGUGUGUGUGUGUGUGUGAGAGAGAGAGAGAGAGAGAUGUUAGUGAAGCACCAGUUAAGUCAAUUGGUUGUGUUUGAUAUGGUGAUAGUGGCUUAAUCAUGGAGGUGACAUAGCCAACCGGAGAAAUGCCGCCGGAGAAAUUCUGAUAAAUCCAAUGUCGGUGAAGAAUAACAAGCUGAGAUUACGAUGGAGAUUUAGGCCGGGGUUUGAUGUGUCAGCCACUCCGGCAGUUUUCAACGGAGCAGUGUACUUCCCUUCAUGGAAUGGGUUCCUGUACGCGGUGCGAGAACAAGAUGGAUCCCUCAUUUGGCAGCAAGAUCUGGGCCAGCUGACUCAGCUGCAGGCCCCGGUUGGAUCAGCCGUGAAUGUUUCGGUAUCAAGAUCCACCCCCACCAUCGCAGGCGAUCUUCUCAUCGUCGGGAUUUAUGGGCCCGCUGUGGUGAUCGCCGUGAGACGAUUAACUGGACAACUUGUCUGGCUCACUCAGCUUGAUCCUAACCCUCGUGCUAUAAUUACCGUCUCCGGUACCUACUUCUUGGGUUCAUUCUAUGUAGGGGUCUCGUCGUUAGAAGAAACACUACCGGCUACACAAUGCUGCACUUUCCGCGGAAGCAUGGUGAAUCUAGACGCUCGUACCGGAAGAAUUCUAUGGCAAACGUACACCGUCCCGGGCAACGGCGGCAACUUAGGUGGCUACUCGGGUGCAGCCAUAUGGGGAAGUAGCCCGGCCAUUGAUAUAGGGCGGCGACUUGUUCUUGUCGGAACUGGAAAUCUCUACACUGCACCCCAACAAGUUCUGGAUUGUCAAGAAGCACAAAAUAAUCAGACAACUCCGCCAACUGCUCCCGAUGCAUGUGUUCCCCCGGAUGUUUACUAUGACGCCAUUGUGGCGUUCGAUCUAUUUUCUGGGACGAUUAGAUGGUCUAAGCGAUUAGGGGGAUAUGAUGUUUUCUAUUUUGCUUGCCUGGUUCCCAACAACCCUGAUUGUCCCACCGGACCUAAUCCCGAUGCAGAUUUCGGGGAGGCUCCCAUGCUAAUCACCAUAAAAUCCAACGGCAGAUUACGCGACGUUGCCGUGGCUGUACAGAAAAGCGGCUUUGCAUGGGCUCUAGAUCGUGAUAAUGGUGAUAUCGUUUGGUUUACGAAAGCAGGACCAGGAAGUGUAGCCGGAGGAGGAAUAUGGGGUGCGGCUACGGACGGGAAACGUGUUUACACCAACAUUGUCAACAAUGAUAGGGUUCCGUUCAACCUUGCACCGUCUACACAAACUACAACCGCCGGAGCAUGGGUGGCCAUGGAUGCAAACACCGGCCAAAUCCUCUGGACCACCGCAAACCCCAGCAACGACACGAGCAAUGGGCCGGUUACCAUUGUCAACGGGGUCCUUUUCGCCGGUUCAGUCGCUCCAAAUGGUCCGUUUUAUGGUAUGGACGCGACGACGGGGCAAAUAAUCUGGAGUUACGAUACGGGUGCUACUAUUUAUGGAGGGGCUUCUGCUAACAACGGAUGCGUGUUUGUUGGAAAUGGAUACUCCAUUGGCUUCGCUAAAUUAUUUCAUCCAACUUGGACCAGCGGAAACUCAGUUCUUGCACUUUGUGUCCUUUGACCUCAGACGUCUUCAAGAUUCGUGCAACUAAUAAACUUUAUGGUUAAGAAUUAAAGGUUGAUUAGUAUACCAAUUUAAGAAUAAGGCUGAAUAUGUAUUGCACAUUUGUUAGUACAAACUCUUAUGUCCUAAGACGUACUCAAAAUAAAUGUGUGGUUUUAACUUUUAAGCAUUUGCAGUUUCGCAACAAUAUAUCCAACUCUGUUUCAUUUUCGAUUGGAGAUUGAUAGCUGAAUUAAUCCGAUAAAAGUAAA